GUAAUAAACAUCGAAGUCGUUUGCGGCGACUCGUUUACGACCUCCUCGUCCACCUCCUCGAUUUUUUCUGGUAAAUUGCGCGCUUGUUCUUGCAGUGCGCAUGCGUCCAUCCUUAUCCUGCUCAGCGGACAUUUUGACGGCAUUUUUGACGCGACACCAGAGGCGGCGCUUAAAAAUGGCCGCGCGUUUAGUUUCUCAGCCGCCAAACCGAUAUUGUGCGCAAGCGUAGGCGAAAUUCCGUCAAUGGGUUGUCGAUUUUUGACAAUAUUCAUCACUUGUUGAAUGUUGAUUCCGAUAUUGUGACUUUGGGUUGUUGAAAUUGCCGGGCAAAAGGGUAUUGUGCGCAAAUCGAUUGUGCGCAGGUACUUUUUGGUUACUUGUUUCAUUCUCGAAGCUACAGUUGGUAGGGCAUAGGUGGCGCUACAUUCGUUUGGACGUCGUUUGCUUUUAAAGGUAACUUCUGAGUCACUGUGUCUUGUUAGGGCUUCAUUAUGGUACAAUUCUACUAUUUUAUUAGCGGUACCAUCGUGAAAUCUACUCAGAAUCCUUUUUCUGAUUCCACUUGAGGAUUUCUUUUUGUUUAAAUUCCUUCUUAUUGGUUUUAAUUUGGGUAGUACCGGGCUACUGGGUAUUUCUAGAGGCGGUACCACCCCUAGACGCCUUGGAGUAGCGUUUUGCGAAUGAAUUUCAACCAAUCGGUUUACAGAAUUAGUAAUUCCAUUUAAUAUAUGGUUAAUGGUACGCACUGCUGCACCUGAAGAAUCAGUACCGAUUUGCCGGGACUUUUGCCUCACUGGUGGUACCGAAGCAGUACUUUUUUGCUCAGGCAUUUCAUCUAAAAGAACUAUUAAAAAAAAAAUAAUAAUUUCAAAAAAACCCUUUAUAAAAAAACCCCUUACCGCUACCAUGGGCGGACAUUUUAUCUGAAAAUUUCCCUGAUCGUUUCGUUCCAUAGGCGUACUUCAUCUGAUCCAACUGAUCUUUUAAAGUGUUGCACCGCGUUUCGGCCAUUUCCAGUACCUCUUCAAUGUCUUUGGAACAGAAAAAAAAAAAUUGACAUCAACACUGUCAAAACACGACGUUGUCAUAUUUUGUCAAAAAUUUAAAUUUUUUUUUACAAUAAUGGAAAAUCGUGAACAUGUGGUUUUUUUGCACGAAACUCUGGCCAAAAAAACGAUGGACAAGUACUUGUUGAACAUAGCCCUUGCCUACCAUGACAUGGGACACAAGGUGACCCUAAUGGUGUCCCAUGGGAAUCCCAAAGAAAUGAUUGAAGAGUUUGAGUUUCUGGACAAAAUCGAUGUGCAAUAUUGCGGCUCCUGGAUCCCACGCACCUUUUUGGGCCUGUGCCACCGGACAAUGUCGACGCUUAAGGCCGCCUGGAUGGCACUCAGAAUCGUUCUGAGUCCGCCUACUCAGAAACCCACCCUUAUUGUCACUGAUGUGCAUACAAUUGCCUUGUUUAUUGUGCAUAGUUUGAGCAAAUAUAAGAUUUUUCAUUAUGAAAACUUCAGAAGACUCAGAGCCAAAGAAGAAUUGUGUCAGCAUACUUGUUUUAUGCCAACGUUUCAUCAUGCUAAAUUUAUGAAAAUGGCAAACGAGGUUUUAGUUGAAAAUAGUUUGUUUGCUGAAAUUUUUUCAAGAUCUUUUCCUGCUUUGAAAAAACCUUUGGUUGUCUAUAGGUCUAUUGACAUUGGAAGCUGGGAUGGUCCAGAGGUUGAUAUCAAAAGAAUUAUUCCAGAUUUAGAGGACAAUUUCGUAAUGCUUUUAACUAUUAAUAAGUUUAAGGCUUCUUCAAACUUCAAACUGGUAAUGGAUGUUUUUGAAGUACUUCUGAGCUCAAUUGGAGAUACUCAGAGAUCCAGGAAUUAUCAUUUGGUUGUUGCUGGUACAUGCAAAAGUCCUCAAGAGGAUUUACAAUAUGAUCAAGUAGUUAAUUCGGCUAAAACCAGAAAAUGUGGUUCACAAAUGACUAUUUUGAAGACUCUACCAACAAUACAUGAAAAGUCUUUGAUCCAAAAUGCUUCAGUAGUAAUUUGCUGUGCCAGAAAUAUCCAGGCUGAUUUAUACUUGAAGGUUUUGUGUCUUGGAAAAUCAAUAGUGGCUACCAAUAGAGGAAUUGUAACAAAGAUUAUUAAAAAUAGACUGACUGGGAUUUUGGUGGAACCUGAACCAACGUGUAUGGCCUCAGAAAUUGCCCGUCUCAUUGCUAGUCCGUAUGUCAGUACUUUUAUGAGCGAAAUUGCAAAGGACUGUUUCAAGGAAUUGUACUCGUUCAAAAGUUUGUGCAGGCAAUUGAAGAAUGUUAGUUUUCGGAAAAAGUGAGCGAAUUUUGUAAAGAUUUUAAUAAAUUCUUACCGUGUAAACGUACGUUGUUGUUUU